CAUUUUUUGUUCGGAAGUUCGGCUCGGGGAGUCGGGGAGUUGAAGUCGUUUUGUGCUCGUAGUCAUAUAAUAAAAUUAAUUUGUUAUAGAAAGCUUAAAUCAUGGCAGAUCGUACGAUUAUUCACGACGAUAUAAAACUAUAUACAACAGCAGAAAAGUUUUACAUGGUGCCAAAUAUUAAUCCCAGUGAGGUCCUGGUUAUAGACAGAUCCACGGGAGAAGCUUCUGUGAAAAGCUAUGAUUCAGUGAAGAUUCCAAUACCAGAGAGUGCUUACAAACCAGUGUGCGGGUUUCUUGGUUCAAUUAAAUUGAUAUCUGGACUGUAUUUGGUCAUAGUCAAGUAUAGAAUAUUGGUUGGUAGACUGAAUGGCCAUGACAUAUAUGAGCUGGCCGGAGCUGAUAUCAUUCCGUAUGCGCGGUCCACAACACAUCUUAACAGUAAACAGAUUGAAGACAACAAUACGUACGAGCGACUAGUCCGCUACGCCCUGGAGACCCCUGGCUUGUACUUCUCAUACGGCCACGACAUGACUCACACGCUGCAGCGGCUACACUCUGUAUCUCCUGAUUUCCACAAGAUGUCGCUAGCCACUCGUGCGGACCCGCGCUUCCUGUGGAACGGCCAUCUCCUUAAAGACUUCUCCCACGAACAGUUCCAGAACUUCACACUUCCACUUAUACAAGGCUUUGUGUCAAUAAACAAUGUGACAGUAAAUGGCCACCAGCUGACGUGGGCGCUAGUGUCGCGUCGCAGCGUGCAGCGAGCCGGUACUAGAUUCUUUAUGAGAGGAGUCGACACUCAGGGCGAUGUCGCAAACUUCGUGGAGACAGAACAGAUCAUAGAGCGAGGCGGUGAAAAGUCCUCAUUCGUUCAAACCCGAGGUUCCAUCCCGCUGUACUGGACGCAGUACCCCAACCUCAAGUACAAGCCGGCCAUGGAAUUAGCGCACGAAGACCACGUGGCCGCCUACACCAAGCAUCUAAUGGACCAGCAGCAGAGAUACGGAAACCAGGUCUUGGUCAAUUUGAUCGACCAAUGCGGCAAAGAAGAAGCCCUAGAAAGGGGUUACCGCGCGGCCGUGGCGGCUGCAGCUUUACCGGGGGUCAGAUACGAGCCCUUCGAUUUCCAUGCGGAGUGCAGGUCGAUGAGGUACCAUCGCCUGAACGUGCUCAUUGACAGGAUAUCUCAUGAACAGACAGAGUUCGGUUACUUCCUCUCACGCGGCGGCACCGUCCUCCUCCGGCAGAGCGGCGUAUUCCGCACCAACUGCAUCGACUGCCUCGACCGCACCAACGUGGUGCAGAGCCUGCUGGCGCGGCUGCAGCUGAACGCGGCGCUGCAGCUGCUGGCCAUCAGCUCAGCCGGCGAUGUGCAUCCGCAUCUCGACAGCUUGUUCAACAACGUAUGGGCAGACCACGCAGACAUGAUCUCAACGCAGUACUCGGGCACCGGAGCCCUAAAGACAGACUACACUAGGACAGGCAAACGGACAUACAGAGGCGUCAUACAAGAUGGCAUCAACUCAUUGACGAGAUAUUACAAGAACAACUUUAGUGAUGGCUUCAGACAGGACUCCAUCGACCUGUUCCUGGGCAAGUACGUGGUGGCUGACGGCGAGGACAGCACCGCGCGCUGUCCGCUGAGACAGGCCAAGGACUGGAAGUAUAUCGCUUUCCCAUCGGUGCUGCUGGUGGCGAUGUCAAUGUUCUGCGCAAGCGCAACCCUCCCACAGAAGUACACCAGCGAGGUGCUCAUGUACCUCAUGUUCUGGGGCGCGGCCGUGGGCGCCACUCUCACCUUUAUUAUGAAGCACGGCACAGAGUUCGUGGACUGGCCGCGUCUGGAAGCCGGCGGUCUAGCGGUUGCGCGCGCGCAGCCGUCUUUAUGAUCGCGGAGCUGCGCCUCGUAGUCGUUGUCUAGCUGUCUCUCUCACAUCAACGUGGCCGGUGACGAAACCGUCUCUCCCACUCCACGGAGAGCUGCGGAAAUAUAGCCGUCUCUGUUCCACGCAUGUGAAUACCUGCCUUCAUUGCUAAUGGAUUUCGGUUGAGCUCAUUCGAAUUUCAAAUGAGACGUUUACGUUUUCUAAAAUUCAAAUUGUGUUACUAUUCUAUUAGAAAGCCCGUCACAGCCAAACCGAAGUUAAAAUUGCUGUGAUUGACUAAAGCGUGAGACGUCAAAUUUGAAAUGAGAAUUGCAAAUAAAUGGUUGUACAAAAUAAAAAUCUUCCGACCAAAUCUAGGCUUUCGCUAAUAUCAAAUAUAUUUUACGAGAUUUUAACUAAUUAUUUAUUAAUUAGUACGAUUGUUAAAACGUUAUGGGUGUUUUUUGUGAUUGGUCCAAUUAAAUCAUGGUUUACUUAAUUUCUUACGGUAUGUUGGUAUGGUUGAAUAUUGCCAAAGAAGAAAACGAUUGUAUUGUGACUAAUAUUAUGUCAAAUUUUAAUGAAUCACCAGAAGGCGAAUGCGUGAAAUAGGAGUACUCCCUCAGAAGUUAUAUACGAUUAUUAAACUAUUACGUCAAAAGUUGUAUACAAUUAUUAAGUCUUUGAAAUUUUCUUUUUCUAAAUACAUGUCUUUUAAUAAAAUGCACUAUAGUAUAAAAACAAAGUCGCUUCCCGCUAUCUGUUCUAUGUAUGCUUAGAUCUUUAAAACUAUGCAACGGAUUUUGUUGUGGGUUUUUUUAAUAGGUACAGUGAUUCCAGAGGAAGGUUUAUAUAUAUGUAACAUGCAUAAUAUUGUACCCGUGCGAAGCCGGGGCGGGUCGCUAGUAAAAUUUAUAAUAGGGAAUAUUUACAGAAAAUAUUAAUUUAUUCCUGUAUUGAUGAAAGUUUGAAUAACUAAAGUAAAUUCCUUCAAUACCCGCCUCCAACAUACAAACUCACGCUUACCUCUUUAUAAUAAUAGUAUAGAUUGGACACAGCGCUACUAUAGAAUCAAUAGCUUAAUUUUAGAUCGUUUAGUAAUGGAUACGUAGUUACGGAAACAAAUCUUCUAAUAAAAUUUUGUGCCGUUUUUAUUGCGGGGCGAUUUAAAUAAAUCACACAUUUACGAAAAUAAUUGUGUUAUUACAAAUGCACACUUACAAGAAACUGCAAUACUAAUUUAUUUUUUGGCACACCAAUACGGUUCACACUAAAACAAACGUGUAUGUGCAUUUAAUAGUACACUCAAAUGCAAAGGGAUUGAAUUGUACAACGAAAAAAUAUAUCGACAAAUCGAUUUCUGAAUUGUUUUUCUAGUGGAGGGUGAUAUUUUCGAAAAAUAUGAUUGUAUUUAGUGUAUUUUUAUGUAUAUGUUGUACCCGGCAGAGGGGAACGCGCAGGCAAGGCUUAUCCUUUACUAAAUGCUCUAAAAGCUUAAUCAUUCACGCAUUUGCCUUGCCUAUGUGGCAUCAAGUAGCAUUUGUAACCAUUCCAUUAGAAUCUAUUCAAUUUGUUUAGUCGAAAACGUGGUUGUUUUGUGAACAAAUUUGGAUGCACACGAGCGUUUACCAAACAUUUUUUUAUUAACUUCUAAUGGCGUUUAUCAUAUAUUUUUUAGAAACUGCCAAAUCUUAGGCUUUUAAUCAAUAUAUUGUAAUCUAACCUAAAUGUGUAUCUUUUAAUGGUGUCAUAUUGUUUAUUUAAUUAAUGAUCAUGAUUUUUACAAAUAUUUUGAUGGAUAACGCUUGUGUGUAUCUAUCUAUUUAUGUGUAGAGAUGGCAAACGACGAAACGGGGGGCUUGUUUUUUUUUAAAUUGUAGAAAUGACAUUGCGAUGAUUUUUUUCUGGCAACACUAGAUCAUGUGUGUCACAAAUAAGAUCGUUUUAUUUUACAUUUUAAAUGGCGUUUUGUGCAUAUGGCAACAUAAAUCAUGUCUCUCAUAUUUUUAUUCUUCUGUUUUUUGAAGGCUUAGUAUUGCCAUACAAAAUUGUGCACCUUAAUUUCGAUCUUGCCUUGCCCUGGUUUUAAAGUUCCAAUUCCUAUGUGAUUAUGUUUGGUGUUGCUAGCUUUCCCUUGUAAAUACUUCAACGUUGUUGAAUUUGCAGUGUUGUUUCUACAAAAAUGUUAAGUUGUUAAUCUAUUUUAUUUCAUUUUGUGAUUGAUCGAUUAAUUAAUUAAUUGAUAAUUUAAUCAUAGUUUUAUGGAAAGGUUUAUUUAACUUCAAUAAAGCGUCAAUCGAA